UUCACGACACUCUGUCUGUUUCAGCAACACGUAUAUACUCGGCCGCACUCCAGUUGGUUGAAUGGCUUCACCAGUACCGUCGUGUGCCGGUUGCCUGAAACCCCGAUGCUGGCACAUGUUAAUGCGCUCGCGGCGCCUCGUAACUGCCGUCAUCGACAUAGCCACUCGGCCCACAGUAUAAGACUGCUCAAUACCUACAGAGAAGGGCUUUCUUUAUAGAAUUGGAACCAGGAGCGUGCUUACUGACACCAGCAAUUUAGCUGGCUUGAACUUGCCUAUACGCUACCACAGAACCGGCUGCCCACGAUCGCGAACUAUUAUAGGGCGGGUUCGCAAGGUUUCGCACUCGCGAGUGCGUUUCCGCGUCGCCGAGGACGCUGCUCCAUUCUACCGCACAGCAAAGCAGAUAGGAUUUGUUGCUGAGGACUUCUCGCGGUAUCGCUCACACGUAGCUUCUCACGGCUCCCGUGCGGGGCAAGGAUGGCCCGGGGCCUCGCGUGGUAGCCUUUGGCGCAUCGUGGAUAGCUUCAAGAAUAUAUUGAGAGCAGUGGAGCUAGAAAAAUGCCGGCCGUGGGGCGGGGAGUUGCGGGCAGGCCCAAGUCGUUGGUGGAGCACCUGAACGACCAGGCGCCCAAGCGCGCCGUGAAUGACAUCGUCAGUAUCACCCGGUACCUUAUGUCAGCGCGGCUCUUGCUCAAUCAGGCCACCUCGUACCGGGUUAUUGGGGAUGAGGAGCAGCUCUACGUUAUCCUGCUGCGCUUUGCCAGCUUGGUGGUGGAGACUAUCCCCAAGCACCGCGAUUUCCGGGACGCAGGCGGGACGUACACCAGUCUGAAGCGGGAGCUCAUGGAGCGCUACCUGCCGGAGCUGGAGCGGCUUAAGACCUCGCUCAAGCUCAAGGAACGCGCGGAGCCGCCUGUCUCGCACUCCCGCAACCGGCCGGCGGACGCGGUGCAGCUGAGUGCCUCCAACCUGCCGCAGUUGGACUGGGCAAGGUCGGGUGCGCCCGUGGCAGCAGCAGCAGCAGCAGCAGCGGGGCCUGGCUCUGCAAUGGUGCUGGGCGGCGCCGCUGGCGCGGCGCCGCCUAUGCUGCAGGUGGACGACCUGCUCGAGGUCAUGCGCGGCGGGAUGAGCGGGGCAGUGGGCGCCACGCCACCGCGAGGGAUAGGCGGCGUAGGACCGGGUGGCGUGGGGUACGGGUCGCCGGGCCCAACAGACCCGUACGCGCUGGCAGCUGCGGCGGCCGCCGCCUCGUCGGCGGCUGCGGCUGCGAUGGAGCUGCCGAAGUAUGCGCACACGUACGCAUCUGCGGGCGGCAGCGCGCGGCAUGCGCUGUUUGGGUCGUCGCCGCCAGGCGGCGGGCCGGCACAGAAGUUCAUAUCGCAGCAGCUGUCCCUACCGCGCUACCCGGCGCUGGACACGUCGGCGGCGCAAGCGGCGGCGGCGGACCUGACGGCGCUGUCGCUGGGGCAGCCCAGUGCCGGGCCGUCGCUGGGGCCGCAGGAAGUGGCGGUGUACCACGUUUCGCCGGACGUGAGUGGCCUGCCCGACACCUGCACCGUGCCGCACGGCCAUCCGCCCCCGGCCCUGCCUGAGCCUGCUCCGCCGCCGCCGCCCGCGGCCGCGGCCCAGCCCUCGCCGGGCGGGCCCAAGGAGCUCAAGAAGGCGGCGCAACUGCGCGACGUGCACGUGAGCGUGGCGCUAAUGGAGGAGUUCCUGCACUACGCCCGCUCUAACACGGCGCGCGGCAUCGAGUCGUGCGGCAUCCUGGCCGGAAAGCUGCUGGCUGGCGACAGUACGUUUGCCAUCAACACGCUCAUCAUCCCCAAGCAGCAGGGCACCACGGACACGGUGCAGGCGCUGAACGAGGAGGAGAUCUUUGAGGCGCAGUUCGAGCGCGAGCUGUACCCCAUGGGCUGGAUCCACACGCACCCAACGCAGACGUGCUUCCUGUCCAGCGUGGACGUGCACACGCAGUGCGGCUACCAGACCAUGUUGGACGAGGCGGUGGCCAUUGUCAUGGCGCCCAGCGACCGCUCCAAGCGCUGCGGCCUCUUCCGGCUGAGCACACCAGGCGGCCUAACCCUGGUGCAGAAGUGCCCGCUGCGCGGCUUCCACACGCAUCCGCCCACGGACACGGGGCAGGAGCUGUACGAGCUGUGCGGGCACGUGUUCCUUAACCCGCGCACCAAACACGAGGUGCUGGACCUGCGGUAGCGUCAAGCUCUUAGGACGAGGGCCGUGGACGUGCGUAGCGCGACAGGUGCCUGGGAAGGAGUGUGCUGGAUGUGCAUUUGGAAGAGCCUGGGAGGGAGUGUACUGGAUUUGCAUAUGGGGGACUGAACGGCGGACCAGGUGUGAAAGACGUAAGCCUCUCUGUUGAUGGCUCAUAGCUGUGAGAGAGGGCUUUGCGAGAUUUGCGGCUGAAGCUGUGUGUGAGAGGCUGAUGUAAUGGAAGUGUUUGUUCACAAAGUAUGCAUGAAUGUGUGCGUGCAUUCAGGACAUGCGCACGUGUGUUGCAAUCGAAAUCUACGUCUAGGAAAAUGACACUCUAGAGCCAGUCAUGGCUCAUGACAGCAUGACAGGCGCCUGAGUGCGAGGGACAGGACAAGGGGCAGGUUGGCGUGGAUAGGGCCUGGGCUCAAGAGCUAGCGAGGCGCUCGCAUGAGCCUGCCCGACUUC